UUAGGGUGUACGGCGGGCGGCGCGGGGCCGGGUCCCGGUUUGUGGACGCGGGAUUGGACGGAGGGAGUCACGUUGUCUGCGGAGCUGUCAGGCCGCUGCCGUGGCCGGUGCCGCACCAUUGUUCCCCCGGCAGCCGGAAGGAGCAGGAGAAGAAGAAGACGACGAAGAAGAAGAAGAAGAAGAAGAAGCGCGUCUGACGGCGCCGCGGGUGCGCGAGAUCCGCCGGGCGUCCAGUCGUACAUUGCGGAUCGAGUCGCUCGUGCGACGCGCCAGAGCGAGCGGAGUUUGUGUGAAGCGGCGGGAGGCGCGGUAAUGGUUUAAAGAGGGGGAUUCGCGAGUCCGCCGGGAAAGGGGGGCGGGAGGAGGAGGAGGAAGAAGAGGGGGGACGUCAGUGACCAAGCAUUUACCCGUGACACGGAAUGAAUGAAUAGAGGCGGCUGGGUGCAGUAAAACAUCUUUUAUUUAAGACGCCACCCUUCUAUCAUCCAUCCACAGAUGAGCUCCCAUCUUUGAUGGUGCAGAUGCGAAGGGCCAUGAGCGGAAUACUGAAGAGGAAGUUUGAGGAGGUGGAGGCCUCCUCCUCCCCGUGCUCUUCCUUGCGGGAGUCUGAUGACGAGGUCUCCUGCAGCGAAAGUGGGGACAGCAGCGACAGCGUCAACCCCUCGGCCUCGGGCCCCUUUACCCCUGACUCGAUUCUGAAGAGGGAGAAGCGCCUGCGCACCAGGCGGGUGCAUUUUGAGAAUGUGACGGUGUACUACUUCGGCCGGCGGCAGGGCUUCACCAGCGUGCCCAGCCAGGGUGGCAGCACACUGGGCAUGUCCAACAGGCACAGCUGGGUCAGACAGUACUCCCUGGGGGAGUUUGCCCUGGAGCAGGAGAGGAUCCACAGGGACAUGCUCAGAGACCACCUGAAGGAGGAGAAACUCAAUUCUAUCAAACUCAAGCUGACUAAGAAUGGCACCGUGGAGUCGGAGGAGGCCAACACGCUGACAGCAGAGGACAUUUCCGAUGACGACAUCGACCUGGACAACACAGAGGUCGACGAGUAUUUCUUCCUGCAGCCCCUCACCACCAAGAAGCGGAGGGCUCUGCUGCGCUCCUCUGGGGUGAAGAAGAUUGACGUAGAGGAGAAACAUGAGCUGCGGGCCAUCCGGAUGUCCAGGGAGGACUGUGGCUGUGACUGCCGAGUCUUCUGUGACCCAGAGACCUGUGCCUGCAGCGAAGCGGGGAUCAAGUGCCAGGUGGAUCGUAUGUCAUUUCCAUGUGGCUGUACAAAGGAGGGCUGUAGCAACGCAGCAGGACGAGUGGAGUUCAACCCCAUCCGGGUUCGGACACAUUUCCUGCACACCAUCAUGAAACUGGAGCUGGAAAAGAGUCGCGAGCAGCAGCAGGCCUCCCCCACCAACGGUUACCAUGGUGAAAACAACGGCCUGGGAAACGGCAACCCCCUCGUCCAGUCCCAGCACAGCUUGGAGUAUCCUCUUUCCGACGCGGUGCCGCAGAAAAGCAUCAUGCACCUGCAGACGGCAGAUGAGAUGGACGAGCCGUUGGACGAUGAAGAUGAGGAUGAGGAUGAAGAAGAUGAGGACGAAGAGGAGGAGAAUGAGGAAGACGAAGAGGACAGCAGCAGUGUGUACAGCGGCCUGUCUGACUCCAGCACUCAGAGUCUAGCCAACAGCGAAUCUGAGGACGACGAGGACGAGGACGACGACGAAACGAAGUCGGAGAACUUUGAGGACGGGCUGGCGCCGCCGUCCGUGACCCACGCCGAGGUGGUACCCUUGUCUUCUGUGUUGUGCUACAACGAUGGCUCCGUGGCCCAUGACAACCACAUGAACGGAAACGCCUAUUUAAUCAACUCCUCUUCACCGGAGUACUAUCAGCUGGAGAGCUCCGGUGCUGCCCCGGCCAACGGCCCGGCCAGCCAGCCCAGUGAACCCUACGGAGAGGCCUUAGUAUUUCAAGACACAGCCACCGCUACCAACGGCAGCAUGCCUCAAGGACCAUUCACCGUGACCGGUGAGCAGUACACGGACUACCCUAACCAGGCCGAGGAGCGAUACGCCGCCAAUCGCCACUUCCCCCCGACCAACGGCACCGCGCCCGCCCCGCUGCCGUGCUGCACACCUGAGCAGCAGAAAAAAAUCCUGCCCAAACCAGCCUUCAUGGAGCAGCACGGGGUGCAGAACCAGAACCAGAUGGAAAUCCAGAACUACAUGAACAAUAACUCACAGGGCUCCUUUGGAAAUAAUGGCACUUGUCUAGUAGCCGAGCAACCACAGGAAGCGGCUAACGUUAAUGGGCAUUCUGAAGUACCCUUACUAGCAGAAAAUGCAAAGACCCUCCCAUUACCAGACCAUUGUCCCGAGGUCACGGCGGUGUAGUGGGCCUCGCCCUUUUUAAGUGUUCUCUCAUUCUGUGUCUUCACUUGAGAACAAAGCCGACCGCGUGGCGUUCCAAGGGAACACAUUCAUGGCCUUCUACGUUAUCUGACCUUAAUUUGAAAGCGACUGAAAAGAAACCACAGCACAUCUUCAUCAGUAGCCGCUCAGCCGCAGGUUGUAUUCAGUUAUCCACCAAGUUUCUCCAUCACAGCAUUCUUCUGCACUGCGUCGGUAGGUAGGUCAGAACAUCAGAAGUAUAAUACUGUGCAAUGUAUCACGUACGUUCAGAUGUAAAGUUCUAGUUUUCAGCAGAUAUUGUACCGUAGAUGCAACUUUUCUAUGUCUACUGUAUGUGUCAAAUGUGCAAAAGAAAAAAGAAAAAAAGAAAAAAAAAGGUUUAUUGUCACAGU